CUUUCAUUUCAUUUCCUCAUGUUCCGAAACCCUAGGGAGAACCGAGCUCUCCCACAAUCCGCCCAAGUUAAUCCGUCAGUCGGCCGUCCGCCAUCACCCUCGCCACCCCGCUUCCCAUCCAGGAACACGCCUUUGAACAUGGCGGCCAAACCCGUACCAAAGAAAGCCAUAUCAAAACCAACCUCAAAUACUAUGGUUCGAAAAACCACGCAGACUACUCUAGUUCCAUCGGCAUGGGGCAAAAGAUCUUCUGCAAGCAAUGGAAAGUCUAAGCCAAAACCCGUGGCAAAUGGCAACAUCAAGGCCUUCUUCAAGAAGGCUGAAGCUCUCAACAAUCAAAUCUUCUUGCAAGACAGAGGCGCCAACACAUCCUUGCCCGUGCAAGAUAGUGAGUGGGAUGGUGCUUGGACUGACGAGGUUGAAGUUGAAGGUGGUAAAGAAGUCGAUGAUGAUGAGGGACGAUACAAUGAAAGCAGUGGCAGUUACAAGAAGCGUAAACUUGACCAAGACGAUACGAUCGUGAGAGGCAUAUCACCGGUGGCGAAAAUGGAGCAUUCGGCUGCAUUGAAAGUUCCACCUGCAGACACUCGCGAGCAGAUUCCGCGAGUCACAAGGAAAAUCGGUCCAUUCGUUGACGAUUCCGAUUCAGAGCCCGAUGACGAAACAUCCAUCCCAAGACGAGGUACGCUUUCAAGAUACCAAAAUGAAGUAAUUGCCCGUUCUGAGUUGUUCGAGGAGUCACACCUUGCAGACCAGACACCACCAAUAGACCCAGUACCGCCGUUUUUGAAGCCGAAGGGCCCCUCUAAUGUUCAGGAAGACCAUGAUGAUGACUUCGCAGAUGUGGAGGAUGAUUUGCUGCUCGAGGGGGAGGAAUAUGAUGAGAGGCGAUGGAUGGCAGAACAACACAGGCUAGAAGCAAAGGCAUUGGGAUUUGAAGGCGACUUAGACGAUUUUGAUCCUCCUGAUCUCUUCCCGGAUAAUGACGCGAACGAUACCAACUGCGCCACCCCUACUUGUCCAUUGUGUAACACCAGUCUGUCCGGUCUCUCAGAGCAAGAUGCUUCCAUACAUGUCAACGCAUGUUUAGAUGGAAAACCAUUGCCCAUAGCGGAACCGAACAUGACACCAAGGGACAACACGCCACCCGGUCACAAGGUCUUCAAACGGCAACCGAGACCCCCUAAGCCUGCCCAGGAAAACCCUAUCCAGCUUGGAGAUAGUAUACCGCCCUCAAAAUCAGCUUUUACUAGACUUAUGUCGAAUCACGCCGAAGAUGCAGCUUGGGCCACCGCGGCAGCGGACCAAAAUGCGGCAAGGGGGAAACCAGCAUACCAGCGCACUUGCCCCUUUUAUAAGAUCAUGCCUGGCUUCUUCAUCUGCGUAGACGCUUUCCGAUACGGUGCGGUCGAAGGGCAACACGCCUACUUCUUAAGCCAUUUUCACAGCGACCAUUACGUUGGACUUACUGCAUCGUGGUCACAUGGCCCAAUCUAUUGCAGUAAAGUCACAGCAAAUCUAGUGCGACAGCAAUUGCGAGUUGAUCCGAAAUGGGUAGUAGAUCUUGAAUUUGAAGAAAAGACGGAAAUACCAGGCACGGAAGGAGUGCAUGUUUCUAUGAUAUCAGCAAAUCAUUGCCCCGGAAGCUCCUUGUUUCUGUUCGAGAAGGAGAUGACAAAGGGCCCAAAUCCCCGGGUACAGCGAGUCCUACAUUGUGGCGAUUUUCGCGCCUGCCAAGCACACAUCGAACAUCCAUUACUCAAACCCGAAGUCAUAGAUACUAUCAGUGGCAAAAGUCGAUAUCAGAAGCUCGAUAUAUGCUACCUCGACACGACGUAUCUGAAUCCAAAAUACGCCUUUCCGCCGCAACAGCAAGUGAUCCAAGCAUGCGCCGAUAUGUGUGUGAGCCUCAACAAGGAAACUGUCGAUAUGACCGAUGGCUAUGAGCAGAUGAAGAGGGAUCGUGCUGGAGCUGGAAUGGCCAAGUUUGUGCAAAAGGGGCCCAUGAUCAAAACGACCGAAUGCGAUAGUGGAGAGGCAGGGCCCGCAAACAAAGAUCAAGAGACUGGAGCCGGGAAAAACCGCGGCCGUCUGCUCGUAAUAGUCGGUACCUACAGUAUUGGCAAAGAACGUAUUUGUAUUGGAAUCGCCAAAGCUUUGAACAGCAAGAUCUACGCCCCACCUAACAAGCAACGCAUCUGUCGUGCGCUCGAAGACCCGGAAUUGGACGAACUCCUCACUAAGAACCCCCGCGAAGCACAAAUUCACAUGACCCCUCUGUUUGAGAUACGUGCGGAUACGCUCGAAGACUAUUUGUCGGGGUACCCCGAAUUUUCACGUGCUGUUGGUUUCCGGCCUUCCGGCUGGAAUUAUCGACCGCCGAAAAGUCGAUUUACUGAGUCUCCUAGUGUACAGACGGUGUUGCACUCCGACAACUGGAAGAGCCAAUUUACCAUGCGAGAUCUGACAGCUCAGAGGGGCAGUACUCAAAGGGCAAAAUGCUUCGGGGUACCAUAUAGCGAGCAUAGCAGUUUCCGCGAGUUGACUAUGUUCUGCUGUGCAUUGAGGAUAGAGAAGAUAAUUCCUACAGUCAAUGUAGGGAGUGCAAAAAGUAGGGAUACCAUGAAAGCGUGGUGUGAGCGUUGGGCUACAGACAGGAAGAAGAACGGGUUGUUCAGAUUGGGUGAGGAUGGAAGUGGGUGGUGA